ACAUACAAACUGGAAGGGAAAUGUUGCCAAGGAGGAUCUGAAAUAGAUGUGGUGUUUGAGCAUGAAGCAGCUCUGUCACUUAUUCGUAAGUCACCGUCAGAUUAUCUGUUUCUAAAGAAGGACCAAAUCAUAGAAAUGAUCGCAAAGAACUGUAACAAAAAAUUUGCGGCGGAAUUGAACGUCGCAUGGAGAAAAGUGGGAGACAGUGAUUCAGACAUGCAACCAAAAGUGACAGUGCUCACCCUGUGGGACCGAUCAGCAUUCGAGAAAUGAUGAUGUCCUUCGAAGCUUGCCAUUUUGAUAUCGUGCAAACCACAAAGGCACGAAACUUCUGAAAACAUUUUGUUCUGCCAAGCUUGAAAUCUUCAGUCUCCGUCAUGAAACUUUUAUUAAUUUAGUAGAUAUAUCGUGGAAAACUUGGAAACACUCCUGACUACAUUUAUGUUUAUUCUCCAAACCCAGUCAGUCUUUUGCAUAAUGACCCCAGUUUUUAUGUUUAUGACAACAUUUAUGUCUAUAUUUAGGACAUAAACGAUUAUGGUUAGAGAUUAUAUUCAUCACAUUGAAAUUAUGACAGAAUUAGUAUCCCGCGGCGGAGCGCGGGCUGAAUCCUAGUUUUCUUAUUAAUAACAAACCUCCCAACAGAGUGAGCCAGACAAAUUCAUUCAUUACCCUCUUUUUUCCCACUUUGCUUCCUCCUCUGUUUUCUGGUUUGGCCGUUUCUACUCUCAGCUUGAAUUUUAAGUAACAGGGUUGCUUGAGCUUUUCUAACUCUCUUGCCUUCUUCAUUUUAAUUUGUGAAUCAACUCUCUUUUUUCCCGAAGCUGGAGUUAUGAGCGGCAAAAAAAAGACAGGAAAGAGAGAUCGGUAAUUGGUGGGUUUGUUUGGCUUGGCGGGAUGCAUGGAUGGGGAUUUUAAUGUUGGUUUUUAAUGUUUUCCAGAAUCUAAUCAAUUAAUUAGAGAGUAUAAUAACCGUCCAACGGCGUUGAAAAACGGAAGUAGAAAGUGGCAACACGAAAUGUCAUGAGACUGUGUGUCUAUGACUCCUCUCUCACAUUUAUAACGUUCUCUUCUUCCCCGACACUACUCUCUCUUUUUCAAAACAGUACCACCUCCCUCCCUCCCUCUCUCUCUCUCUCUCUCUCUCUCUCUCUCUCUCUCCUCUUCUUUCUUCAUGAGUAAACCCUACUGACAAAACAAGAAAAGAAAGCUAGUUCUUGUUCUUAUCCUCCUUCUCACUAACAAGGAUUGUCCAAAAACAAGAAACAGAGGAAGAACACAAGAAGCAGCACCGCCAUUUGAUGACUUUCUUUUGCUGAACUUGAUAUUGGUCCGCCUUCUUCUUUUUGGUGGUGAAAAAGUUGUCUGCUUUUAGCCUCUUUGUGGGUUUGUUUCAGACUUUCUUCACUGAUCCUGUAUCUUCUUCAUCCCUGUGACAAUGCUGCUUACUCAUGGGUGAUUCUUGGGUAGUGGGAACCAAUCCUCUUUCAAAUGGGUAGAAAAGCAAGCAAGUUUCAGUCUUUCUCUUGUUAGAGCUAGCUGCUACCUGAUUUGCCUCUUGUGGGUUUUCUGUACAAGUACAACCAGUUGCUGAUCUCUGAGAGUUUGUUUGGUUGUUUAGAUUUUUGUGCAUUUCCUUUCAUUGAGAUCUUCUCGGACUUUUCCCCUCUGCUUUGACCAUCUUUGACUCCUGCAAGACUCGAAGACUUUGAUUUUGAAAAUAAGAAAGAAAGAAGUGGGAAGGGAAAGGAAGAGAAAGAAAGAAAAAGAAAGUGGUCCCUUUGCGCUGUGGAAGAUGGAUCUGUUCAAAGUGAGGAAGUUUAGAAGAGCCCACAAGCCAGAGCCGGAGAAGGAAUCAGAAGGCAAGCCUGUUCCUAGCCCUGAAGAGCCAAAGAAAGACAUCAAUGGUGGCGGUGGUGGUGGUGGUGAGGAUUUGAGUAAAACCAACAACAAAUCGGUGGAUGUGGUAGCAGAAGCCGAGGAUGACGAGGACGAUGACUUCAUAACCAAUGAGGUGAAGAGAAGGUUAAAAGAAUUGAGGAGGAACAGCUUUAUGGUGUUGAUCCCUGAAGAAGAGUCUUUAGCUGAACAAGAAGAAGAAGAAGAAGAAGAUGACGGUGGUGGAGAAGCAGGGGAGGCAAUCUGUGGGGAAUGGAGGGAUGUUGAAGCUGAAGGACGGCAAUGGUGGGGUGGGUUUGAUGUUGUUUAUGAUAAGUACUGCGACAGAAUGCUCUUCUUUGACCGAUUGAGCCUUCUCCAGCUCAAUGAAAAUGGCUGCUGCCAUAUGCCAACUACUCCAUCUCCAAAAUCAUCGUCGAAGAAGUUACCAUCUCCCUUCCGUUGCCUGUCAUUGAAGAAAUUCGACGACCAUGAAGAUGAAACAGAGCAUCUACAGCAGCCACAGAACGACCCGUACCAAGAUCUCGAAACUGCAUAUGUAGGUCAGAUGUGCCUGACUUGGGAGGCACUUCAUUGUUUGGUAGCAAACCAUACAAACAGACAAGCUUCCAUGGACAUUGUUUGGUACGCCUCGCCCUGCAGCUAAGGGAGGAUGUCAAGGCUGGUGUCUAUGUGGAGAAUCUCUCAGAGGUUGAAGUACAUACGACAUAAUAAAGCUUUUAACAAAGGUAUUUUUUUAUCAUUCUAACAUUUGAUGGUUUAUGAGUGGAUUUGUAUGUACUGGUUUCCACUAAUGUAUCAUUUGUUGGAUGUAGGCUCCUUGAAUAGGAAAGUGACCGCAACAAAUAUGAACAGAGAGAGCAGUCGAUCGCACAACGUGUUUACUUGUGUAAUUGAGAGAAGAUGGGAAAAGGAUUCCACAACUAACCUAAGUUUUGCACGGUUAAACUUGGUUGAUUUGGCAGGUUCUGAAAGGUAAGGAGAGGGGAACUUGAUGUGAUUAAAUUAUUAUCAGCUUUGUUACCGUCCCUUGUGCAUUUUGACGAACCAUAGGGGUAUUGCUAUAUGCUUUGCAGACAGAAAAGCUCAUGUUCUGAGGGUGAAAGUUUAAAAGAAGCUGCAAGCAUCAACAGAUCAUUGUCAAUAUUAGGGUAUUAUAGUGAUUAGCAAUCUUUGCAUCCAGUUGUGUUAUAUUUUAUGGUUCAAUCUGCGAGCUUUUAUGUUAUUAAUUUGUGGUUCUGCUCAUAUGUUUGAUACUUUAAUUUUCAGUCGUGUGAUAAUGAAUCUAGUAGAUGUGGCAAAUGGAAAACAGUCAAACAGAGGCAUGUUCCUUAUAGAGACUCAAGGUUGACAUACCUUCUACAGGUUGACCUUGAAUCCAUCUGCCUUUCUUGAGCAAUAUUGUGUUUGCAGUGAUGUGAUGUAAUUCUUGAAACUUAUGCAGGACUCGCUUGGUGGAAACUAAAAAACAAUGAUCAUUGCUAAUGUCAGUCCAUCUAUUAGGUUGUAUUCUUUGAUCAUUUUAUUCUGAUUCGAUAUCUUAAUUGCCUCUGUAAUUUGGAGUAAUUUUCUUUUGUUUUACCCCAAUCCUCUCUUUGUUGCAGCUGCGCUAUGGAGACACUGCUCUAAAGUUUGCUGAAGGAGCUAGACUUAUCCGGAACAAUGUAAGGUUCUUGAGUAAUCUGUCAUUUCUCUCUUAUUUGAGGUGGUGGGUUAGUAUUUUGCUAUAGCAUGGUGAAUAUCUGCAGCCACUGUUGAAGAACACAACUGAUGACCUGGAGCAAAGAAAAUCUGUAGCCACUGUUGACAAUGCUGAUGUCAAAUGCAAAAAGGUCUGAAUAGCUUUUAGUGAAUUGUUUGCUUAUCAUAUCUCAGUGAACUAGGCUAGUUUAUAUACAUACAUACCAAGUGACACAUGACAGAAGAUGUUCAUAUAUAUGUUUUCUUCUCUGACCAUAUUUAUAUAUAAUAAAGCCACUAUCUUAGUCCUUAGACUAUUCUCAGUAAGAUAUUCCGGAUUCUUUUUGUUCAUCCUUGAUUUUGCAGGAUUCGAUUGAGAUCGAUCUUGCUGCAAUAGAAGAAAUAUUUCAUCUGCAGCUGGAAUUGGAGAUAAUGAAGUUAAUUAUUGCAG